CUGCUCUCUGCCUCAGCCUGAGCUCUGUGUGGUGGUGGAGAGGAAAGAGAGGGCUGAACACAGCUCGAGCUUUUCUCUCUUCAACAUCACAUCAACCGCAUUCUACACUUCAGCACUUCUGUGCAGUUUCGACAGCACAGCUGGGGAGGGCUGGCUCCUCGUAACUGCACAGAUCACAGACAGAGAGACAACAGCAGAAAGUCGACUGCACAGGGACAAAAGGAAAGGAUCCUUUCAGGACAGCAACGUUUUGGAAAGUCCUUCCUACAGAUUAAACUCGGAGGAAAAUACAAGCGAGAGUCAGAGGAAAAGAAACACCAUCAGUGAGCUGCUAUUCAGCACAUACUGUGGUUAUGUGUGUGUGAGGCGGGCGAGUGGAAGUUUUUUAUGGACUUCAAUGACUUGGACUGAGGGUCAUAAAAACCACCAUGACAAAAACCUUCUCCACCUCACCUGCUGCCACCACCUUCCAGCCUCCGAACACCUCCCUUUUUCUCACCACAAUGACCAAUGACAUUGACAAUGACUGCAGGAGUGUGGAUGAGGAGGCACUUCGUAUCCCUCUGGCUGUGUCCUAUUCUAUAAUCUUCGUGUUGGGUCUAGUUGGGAACUUUGUCGCUCUGUGGGUUUUCUUCUGCGUACACUCUAAGAAGAACUCUGUGCGGGUGUUUCUCAUAAACAUCGCUUUUGCAGACAUGCUGUUGGUGGCGUGUCUCCCGUUCAGGAUACUCUACCACAGCAAUGGUAACAUCUGGAAUCUGAAUCCCACCUUGUGUAAAGUGGCAGGCAACCUGUUCUACAUGAACAUGUAUAUCAGCGUCACGCUGCUGGGGCUGAUCAGCGUGGACCGUUACCUGAAGAUCCACCGGGGUGCAGGGACGAAGCGCAGACUGCAGUCCAGAAAGUGGAGCUGUGCCCUCUGUGCUCUUAUCUGGAUCGUGUCCUUUAUCUUAGCUCUGGCACUUGUGGUGUCGAAGAGUAACUCAGAGUCGGACAGUGUUCGCAGGUGUUUCCACUACAAGACCCUCUAUGGUGCAGAGUGGAAAGCCAACAUCAACAUCUUUGUGGUGAUAGUCUUCUGGCUUGCAUUCAUCGCUCUGGUGAUGUCUUAUGGAAAGAUCGCCCAAACACUUCUGAGAACAUCGCAAGAGAAACCGGACCUGCCCAACGCUACCCGCUACACUCGAACUGCCAAGAAGUCCUUCUUCAUCCUCUUUGUCUUCACGCUCUGUUUUGUCCCGUAUCACAUGGUCAGGGUGUUCUACAUAAAGACUCAGAUCACACACACGCCGUGUUACUGGAGGGAGCUGGCUGACAAAGCCAAUGAGGUGACUUUGCUAUUUUCUGCCUUAAACAGCUGCCUGGAUCCUGUCAUGUAUUUCCUCUUAUCCUCUUCAGUGAGGAAGGAGGUGCUGCGCUUGGUGAACAACAUGCUUUGUGUGCGAGAUCUUGCUGGAGUCAGCGGGAGCAGCUCCACUCAUGAGCCGGACAGCAGGAGCGGGAAGACUGACACCGAUUUGAAAGAGAAGGCAGAAUCCAACCAGACCGGGCUGUGAGAGUACUCUGACACACUGAGCCUCCAUCGACCGCCCCGUUACCAUGACAGCAGCCAUGCCACCAAACCAGGGGGCAGCGGCGGCGGCGUUCCUCAACGUGUGCAUCAAUUCAAUACUGAUUCUGUGAGAGGACACUGAGCUACACGCCUCUUUGUCAGCACCGAACUAAUGUACCAGCUGUGACACAAAUGAUCUUCCAAGUUUGAUCAUCCUGUCUGUGCAAAGCAGCAGCGUUUAUCACUUCACUCACACACUCCUGUACAGUAAUCCUGUCCUUUUGCUAAAACUUGUCUGUUAAUUGGGUCAAUUGGCCAAUGAAUGUCAUUUAUAUAAUCACUUUUUUAACAGUGGAACAUGUUUAAUUAUCGAAUAAUCUGUCGUUGAAGUUUUUCAAUAAACUGAUUAGGUGAUCAGUCCAGAGGAUGCCAGCACAGUGGCACUGAGCGGUGCACACUGACAACGCUAACAUGUAGAUGUUCAGCAUGUAUAUCUUUUUAAAAUGUUCAAAGUCUUACUUCAGGAUAAAUCAAAGAAUUACUUUUGUCCAAAACUCAAAAACGUUCUGUUUUAAGUGAAGUAAAAGAGAGAAAAGCUGCAAACACUCACAUCAGAGAAGCUGGAAGCAGAGAAUGAUUAAAGAGUUUGUUCUAUUCAUCCGCUAUCAACAUUAUCAGUUCACUGUUUCAGUUGCAGAAGAACCGUGAACAUGAUCGGGGACUUUCUGUGCAGCAACAGUCUCCGGUGGCCGAGUGGAACAGUGUGUGACCCGACAGACACAAAACUGAAGCAGGCGACAUCAGCCUGAACCUUCAUGACAAAUUCUGACAGUAAUCACCAGCUUACAGAGAACCCAAAGCACCUGUGACUGACAUGAAAGCUCCACUGUGCAAAUGUCAGAGCUUUGUAAAAAACAUGUUCUAUUACUAAGGAUUGUGCAUGUGAUCACUGCAUGUAAUUAUUGUUUUCAAAAGCAUAUUCCAGUGUACUGAUCAUGCUUUUUUUUUUUUUUUUUAAUGAAUGA